GUCUUUGUGUUUGAAAAAAAUUCUUUUUCUCUUGACAAGCUUAACUUGAUUGUUGUUCUUUUGUUUAAUUUUUUUAAUCAUUUUUGGUCAUUUUCUGAUCAUCUUACCUUUUUGUUGAAGAGGGAAUAGUCAAGAUAAAUAUUAGAGUGAAAUGUCUCAAGAAAUUAAACCGAUUAUGGUUCCGUGGGUAGAAAAGUAUAGACCUAAAAAGGUUGAUGAUGUUGUUUACCAGGAAGAAGCUGUUAAUGUACUUAAACAGUGUUUAAAGGGCGAUGAUUUCCCAAAUUUAUUGUUCUAUGGUCCUCCAGGUACUGGUAAAACAUCAACAAUUUUAGCUUUGGCAAGAGAAAUGUUUCAAGAUACAUUCUCAUCAAGAGUAUUAGAAUUGAAUGCUUCCGAUGAACGAGGUAUUGCUGUUAUAAGAGAAAAGGUUAAAAGGUUCGCUCAACAGACUGUCAGUCGCAGUGAAUCAGGCACCAAAUGUCCUCCAUUCAAGAUCAUUGUUCUGGAUGAGGCUGAUUCAAUGACUCAAUCAGCUCAGGCUUGUUUAAGAAGAAUUAUGGAAAAAGAAACCAAGUCAACUCGUUUUUGUAUUAUCUGUAAUUACAUUAGUAGAAUUAUUGAUCCAAUCGUCUCAAGAUGCUCCAAAUUUCGCUUCAAACCCCUUCAACAAGACCUGGUGAUGGAAAAAUUGGCUUCUAUUUGUACCAAUGAAGGAGUUACCAUUCAAAACGAUAGUGUCUUGGAGGAAUUAAUCAAAGUUUCCGGAGGAGAUCUGAGGAAAGCGAUCACUUUUCUACAAACAUCUUUUCGGUUGAAAGGAGAGGAAAUGAUGACCAUAGACGAUGUUCGAGAGGUUACAGGCUAUAUUCCUCAAGAUUGGGUCCAACAUUUUGUCGAUGCCUGUAAAAAGCAAUCAUAUGAGCAAGUUGAAGAUGUUCUUAAUGGUUUGGUCGCUGAAGGCUUUUCUGGAGCCCAAUUACUAAAUCAACUUCACGAUUGGUUCCUUAGUGAAGAAAGUCCUUUGACUGAUGAACAAACAGCUGAACUAAUUGAAGCUCUAGCAUUAGCUGAUUACAGGCUUCUUGAAGGAGCCGAUGAGUUUUUACAAACAUUCAAUGUGGCCUCAGUUUUUAUUCAACUUCUUUCCAAAAAAUAAAAUUCUCAUAUAUAUUUGAUUA